AUGUUGAUGUGUCAACAUCAGACUGGAGCCAUGGAGCUAAGAGUUCUUCAACUCAACGCUGAUGAGAGCAAAGUGGCUUCGGUGAAACUUCUUAUAACCCUGGAGGAGGAUGCCAGCGACGUCGCUCUAGUCCAGAAACCGUCAGGCAACACGGUUUCCGGGCUGAGAUCAUCUUUUAUCUCUUAUACCACACCACACACCGAUGACCUCACAGUUGUAGCAAUUGAAGGCACCAGCCACCGCAUUCGCGUGGCAUCCAGCUACAUGGCAUACGACAGAGGGGCGCCACCGAAAAAAAAAACUGGUCCACUAAAGGAAGAAAACUGGGGACUUAUUAUUACUAUGGCGGCUAAGAACAAGACCGUGAGGCUAAUCAAGUGCUUCUGCGGAUGCUCUGAUAUGACAGUGGAGGAGGUUCAUCGCAUUUACACACUCACAAUUGUUAGUGAAACUUUAUUGGAUGUACCGGACACCAAACUGUUGGCCCGUUUCAUGGAGCUUCGGCGUUUCGGCAACAAAAACGAUGCCGAACAGUAUUUGGAAAUAUAUGAGAAAUACGCAGAAUUGAUAAUGGAGGAGAAACGCACCUUUACUCAGGAUAAGGUUGACGAGUUGGUCGACUUGGGCCUACCGUAUGACUUGGAGCAGGAUUUGUCACGUCGCUUGCUUAGCGGUCAGCAGAGAGAAAUCAGUUUGCGGCUUUAUCAGCUCCAGGGCAAGUGCCGUAAUGAGAUCGAGGCUAGCAAUGAUUUCCGGCGUGUACCUGAAUGAUAGAUUUAAUAGUA